GCGGUUCGUUAUUUUCCGACUCUUCUGCCAGGCCAACGCGAGUGAGAGUUUUUGGAGGCCAACAUGGCCAACACAGGCCAACGCGAGUGAGAGCUUUCGGAGUUACGGGAGCUUCGUGGAACACUGCUUUGCUUCAAUGAGACGGCAUUUGGCGAGUGCCUUUGGAGCCUGACCCCAUCCAACAGUUCGUAUGGAACCGAAUCAGUCUUCAGGUCACGGUGAUUUAGCCACAUUGUUGGGGGAGACCAGCUGCCCACUGAAAGUCACCGAGGACAUCUGGUUCGGAUGCUGUUCCUGCACCUAUGUCACUAGAGAUCAGCAUGUAAUUGUGAGCCACCUCGCUGCCCAUGGAGAUGAACAACUGAAGUGCCAGCAUCCUUCCAUGUCUGGCUCUAAGUCCCAAGUGCUCAGCAACACUCAAAAGCACAAGAGUGAAAAGCCAUUUAAGUGCAAGUUUUGUCCCAAAGAGUUUGCUUAUAAUUCCCUUCUGACCUAUCACAAUCGAACACACACUGGUGAAAAGCCCUUUAAGUGCAUGCAAUGCCCCAAAGCCUUUUCUUCAAAAUCCCAUUUGCAAACCCAUAAUUGCAUGCACACUGGUGAAAAGCCGUUUAAAUGCAAGCAGUGCCCCAAGGCCUUCGCUAAAAAUUUCCAUCUGAAAAGUCAUACUCGAAUGCACACUGGUGAAAAGCCAUUUAAGUGCAAACUGUGUCCCCAAGCCUUUUCUCAAAAUUCCCACCUGCGACGCCAUAACCGAUUACACACUGAUGAAAAGUCAUUUAAGUGCAAGCAGUGCCCCCUUGCCUUUGCUCGAAAUUCCUGUCUGAGAAAGCAUAAUAAAAUGCACACUAAUGAGAAGCCAUUUAAGUGUGAGCAGUGCCACAAAGCCUUUGCUCAUAAUUCCAAUCUGAGAAGUCAUACUCGAACACACACUGGUGAACAGCCAUAUAAGUGCGAGCGGUGCCCCCAAGCAUUUGCUCGAAAUCCCCAUCUACAAAACCAUAAACAUUGGCACACUGGUGAAAAGCCAUUUAAAUGCAAGCAGUGCCCUUCAGCCUUUGCUCAAAAUUCCCAUCUGAGAAAGCAUAAUCGUACGCACAGUGAUGAAAAGCCAUUCAAGUGCAAGCAGUGCCCUAAGGCCUUUGCUCAAAAUUACUAUCUGAAAAAGCAUAAUCGAACACACACUGAUGAAAAGCCAUUUAAGUGCAAGCAGUGCCCCCAAGCCUUUGCUCAAAAUUCCUAUCUACAAAACCAUCAUCGAACGCACUCUGGUGAAAAACCAUUUAAGUGCAAGCAGUGCCCCCAAGCCUUCGCUCAAAAUUCCCAUCUGCAACGCCAUAAUCGAACACACACAGGUGAAAAGUCAUUUAAGUGCAAGCAGUGCCCCGAGCCUUUUCUCAUAAUACCAGUCUGACCCACCAUUAUUGAAAACAGUUUUUAAGGGUAUGUGUGUGCAUCACAACACAUUCUGCUACCGGUUGGGACGUCGGUAGUUGGAUCCCUUGCACUGCCCAGCAGGUUUUGUUAUAAAGUGGCACUGUACGCAUUUUGAAUACAGUGUAAUUCCCCUUCGGGACUGCAAUGACUCAAGUUGUGGAAAAUUUGGAACUGACUAACACGCUCAUAAUCGAAGUACUUUCGCCUUCCUUUUUUGCACUGACAUCUUUGCAAUCAUGUAUUUAUAUGAGACCUGCUUUGAGGUAUCACUUUUCCACUUUUCCUUGCGUUAGGUGGUUCCAAUAUUUUCUUGCUCAGUGUUAAUUUUCCUGGCAGUUGUUUCCAUGUUGCCUGGCUGUCUGCAUCAGAAUUUUCAAACCUUAGGUGUCGUUGUUUGCUGUAAAAGUCCUUUAGGUUUUGUUUGUGUAACACAGGAUAGUUUAUUUUUCUGCUUCUGUGAUGGCUAACAUUCUUACACUUUUUUUUAAAAGCACGAAAAGGGUCGGUGAAGCUAAGUCUCAAUGAAUACUAUAUCGGCCAUGAAUUUGCUUUGUUUACAAGAUCCUUUGAAUGAAUUGUUGCCCAAUGCGUGUUUAUUUUUGCAUUGCAUAAUUAAUUUGCAAGGAUCUUUUUAUCAUGGUGAUAUUUUUCUUCUUACUUUUAUGUUGUUUCUCUUAAAUGAAAUCUCCGAAUGAUACAUAUGUAAUCAGACUUCUGCUUCACUGUACCUCAGAAAUAAAGGCUGACAGUCAAGCUCC